UUGCGUUUUCUGCUCCUGGAGGCUGGCGCUGGUGCGUGCCCUAGCGACACACGGGAAUUGCAGACGCACGGGGAUCAUGCCUUCUGCAGGACCCGUGCAAUUGUGUGUGCGAGUGCGUGACGCAGUUUCAUCCCGUGGGUCGCUUGCCCACGGCUUUGUGCGGCCGGGGAGCCCUGCACGCCGCCUCCUCCCCCCCUCCCCUGCCAGCGCUGGGGUUUCUGUCGCGAUCGGGGAGCAACAUGGAGGAAGGAGGCGGGUAGCCAGCUAGAGCUGCACGGCGGACGGGCUGCAGCAACCCGAGCGCCUCAGCGCCCAGCCGCUCGGCAGACGCCCACCGCGGGCGGAGGAGAAGCGCGCACUUCGAGAGCGUAAUGGCCUCCGUGCGCGGACAACAUCGGGGUUUGCUCCCCGGGCGUCUGAGGGUUUCGAAACGGGGAGGGAUUGCUCGAAUUUGCUCGACUCCCCGCCCUCGCCCAGUCCCCUCUUCCUCCGAUCUCGGUUCUGCCAGCCUGCAGCCAAGCCGGAGUUUUGAGUUCGUGAGUCCCCUGCUGCGGCAGAGGUAGUUUUGUGGCACCGCGGUAAGUUAAUCUGACACCUCCUGAAGCUGCCGGCUGGCCUUUGAGCCACAACACCAGUCUAUUCAUGUUGCAUUCUGAUGCCCUCAAGCUGUGAAAGACCUUUCUGAAAACCGCCUCUAACACAAUCCUGCAGUUGUUUAAUUGACGAUACAGCUUCUGUUGACGUUGAGAAGGAUCCAGGUCGUUAGACAGACAGACUCUUCCUCCAGGAGUAUGAGUCAGCCUUCAGCUCCCUGUAAUGACGCUCCCACUAAUAAAGCAGCCCCUCAGCCCGAUACCAAGCUGGCGUCCACAACAGGAAAGAAGCAGAACAAGAAGAAGGUGGAGGAGGUGCUGGAGGAGGAGGAGGAGGAGUAUGUGGUGGAGAAGGUCCUGGACCGGCGCGUGGUGAAGGGCCGGGUCGAGUACCUACUCAAGUGGAAGGGCUUCUCCGACGAGGACAACACCUGGGAGCCCGAGGAGAACCUGGACUGCCCCGACCUCAUCGCCGAGUUCCUGCAGUCCCAGAAGACCGCCCACGAGGCGGAGAAGGCCGAGACGGGGGGCAAGAGGAAGGGGGAGUCCGACACCGAGGUGGCCGGAGAGGAGAGCCGGCCCAAGAAGAGGAAAGAGGAGCCGGAGAAGCCCAGGGGCUUCGCCCGCGGCCUGGAGCCCGAGAGGAUCAUCGGGGCGACGGACUCCAGCGGGGAGCUGAUGUUCCUCAUGAAGUGGAAGAACUCGGACGAGGCAGACCUGGUGCCGGCGAAGGAAGCCAACAUCAAGUGCCCGCAGGUGGUCAUCUCUUUCUACGAGGAGCGGCUGACGUGGCACUCCUACCCCUCCGAGGAGGAAGAGAAGAAGGACGAUAAGAACUAGCCGAGAGGGGUGGAAGUGGGGGCAGGGGUGGGGGGCGGUUUU